UGGGGAUCGACAGUUACGAGAAGAGGCAUGGGUGGUUCUAAAUUCCAAAUUUAAGAAUGGAUCCCACCAAAAAGUGUUAAAAAACAAGAUUAGUGGGAGAGUGAGAGAGCGAUAAUGCUGGUUUGAAACGGAAAUCGAUGUUUCUGAAACCCCGCCAGCCGGGUUAUUAUGACGGGAAGGGAAUCGAUUCGUUCUUGGGACAUAAGGGGUAGGCAAAGCGCAAAAAUAUUCUCCUUCCAACUUCUCUCUUCUCCUAUCUUUUCUCUCAAGUCUGAUCAACCUCUCUUAGAUUUGAUCUUUGGCUCUGCUAAUUAUUUCCAUAACCCACGAACCUCAUCUCCUCUUUCCUUGUUCCCCGACAAUGUCGUCUGGGUACCCAGGCGGUGCCGAUUUUUACAACUCCGCCGGGAUCGGCGGAGGAUCGGCUGCCAUUAACAAUGGGCAAGCUUUGUAUCGGUCUCAACUGGGAGGUAUUCUACUUGACGGGUCUUCCACCACUAUCCUUCCUCGGCGAACUGACAUGGUUGCGAAACGACAUCUUUCAGAACUAGACAUACAGUACCAGCUGCAACAACGACAACAACAACAACAACAACGACAACAGGAACAGCAGUUGGGAGCAGGAGCCUUUUUCAGGUCUGUCAAACAGAGGAGUUACCGCCAUGCGCCUCCGAUAUCUCCUAUUUCUCCUUUCGAUUUCUCCCCGCCGGACGUCUCCGGUGCUGCAGCUCUCGCGCCGCCGUCCACUUUAUCAGGAAGGUACGGAGUUCCCCUUUUGCAACAACUUCGGUCUCAUUCCAUUAACUCCAACAACAACAACGUCCAUCACCGAAGCAAUAUCCCUUCUUUGCCCGGAUUAUCCUUCAAUAAUUGUCUACCGCCCAACAACAAUCGAGCCGUGGCUUUAGAUUCGGAGCCUGAAUCAGAGAAAAAGAUGAGGAACCAGCUUCAAGAACUGGAGAAACAGCUCUUAGAUGAUAUCGAUGAAGAUGAAGAAGACGCCGGUUCGGUUAUUACCAACAGUAACAGUGAGUGGAGCGAAACCGUGAACCUGAUUACCACCCCCAUUCAGAACCAGAAACAGAAGCCUCUCUCGCCUUCCCCGACCUCAUCAUCGUCUUCGUCAUCCUCUUCUUCAGCGUCCCCAUACUCCUGUUCUUCGAAACAGUCCUUGCUGGACGCCGCUACAGCCAUUUCCGAAGGGAAGAUGGAAGCAGCGACGGCGACUCUUGCGAGGCUGAAGCAGGUCUCGAACAGGGGAGGCGAUCCGGAGCAGAGGUUGACGGCUUACAUGGUAUGUGCUCUCCAGUCCCGAGGCAACCCAACUGAGUACCCUCCACCGGUGGCGGAGCUCGGCAGUAACGAGCAGGUGAUUGCAACGCAAAUGUUGUAUGAAGCGUCCCCCUGUUUCAAGCUUGGGUUCAUGGCGGCCAAUCUCGCUAUCCUAGAAGCCACGAGAGACCAACCCAAUAAUGUCCACGUUGUGGACUUCGACAUCGGACAGGGAAGCCAGUACAUGACCCUCAUCCAUGCUCUUGCCGAACGACAAUCGGGCAGGCCCAUCGUCGUCAAGAUCACCGCCGUCGUUGAACCCGGCAGCAACAACUACAACGAGGAUGGGUUAAGAGUGGUGGGUGAAUGGCUGAAAAAGCUAGCGGAGCGAGUGGGUGUCAACCUUAAAUUCAACGCCGUAUGUCGGAAAAUGGCUGAUCUGGACAGGGAUGCGUUGGAGAGCGACGCCGACGAGGCUCUGGCGGUGAAUUUUGCAUUCAGGCUGUACAGAAUGCCAGACGAGAGUGUGUCGACGGAGAACCCUAGGGACCAUUUGUUGAGAGUGGUGAAGGGAUUGUGCCCUCGGGUGGUGACGCUAGUGGAGCAGGAGAUGAAUGCCAACACAGCACCUUUCGGUGCACGGGUGGCGGAGGCCUGCGCGUACUACGGUGCUCUGUUUGACUCACUCGACGCCACCAUGGCUCGGGACGGUGGAGGGCGAGUCCGAGUGGAAGAAUGCUUGGGGCGGAAGGCGGCCAACACGGUGGCGUGCGAGGGAAGGGAGAGGGUGGAGCGGUGCGAGGUGUUUGGCAAGUGGCGAGCUCGGAUGGGAAUGGCCGGCUUCGAGUCGAGGCCUUUGAGUCAACAGAUGACCGAUUCGUUGCGUGCCAAACUCAGCGGUAUGACUCGGAAUAACCCGGGUUUCACUAUUAAGCAAGAGGGAGGUGGGAUCUGUUUUGGGUGGAUGGGUCGAUUGCUUACCGUCGCAUCCGCUUGGCGUUAAUAAUAUGAUACUAAAGAUUUCUAAUGUAGAGAGAUAGAAAACAAAACUUGAGCCCUCCAUCUGGCAUCUCCAUCUUAAGAAGUGGGGCCUGUUGCUCUUUUUGGUUUUGUUUCUUCUUAUUCUACUCUGAUCAUCGUGAUUCAUGAUCAUCGCUUUGAUGAGCUUUUUUUAAAUUAAUUGCACGCCCGUUAUAAUCAA